AUGGUCGGUAUUCAGACAUCAUCGGGGCCCUCCCGCAUGGAGGAGCUCACCAAGGGCCGUCGCAGUGGCUUCCGUGGAUUGCUUGGGGCCAACAGAUACCUCAUGAUCUCGAGUGCGACCGCUGUGAUCGGCUCCUUCCUCUACGGAACUGACCAGGGCGUCCUUUCCAACCUGCUUACUGGAGAAAACUUUGGCGCCAAAUUUCCUCAGGUCUACACCGAUCCCGUACUGAAGGGUUGGGUUGUGGCUGUCCUACAGCUGGGUGCAUGGCUCGGCGCUCUGAUCAAUGGUCCUCUCGCGAACAAAAUCUCUCGCAAGUACAGUAUCACGGUUGCAGCAUUUCUUUUCACCCUCGGGAGCGCCCUGUGUGGUGGCGCACAGAGUAUCGGUUAUCUCUUCGCUGGUCGUAUCAUCGCUGGCAUCGCCGUCGGACAGGUCUCUCACGUGGUCCCACUCUACCUCGCCGAAAUCUCGCCGUCCCAGUUUCGCGGAGCGUUAGUCUCUUGCCAGCAACUCGGCAUUACGGGAGGCAUCAUGGUAUCGUACUGGGCGUGCUAUGGAACAAGCUUUAUCGGCGGGCAGGCCUGCGAUGCUUCAAAAUCGGCCGAAUUCGGCUCUGCAGCAUUCAACCCAUACACUGACGUUCCAGCAGGCGGUUGCACUGGUCAGACUGCUCUGGCGUGGCGUCUUCCUCUCUGUCUCCAGUGUGUACCCGCAGUCCUCCUUCUGGUCGCCUCGCCGUUCCUGCCGUUCAGCCCAAGAUGGCUACUCACAAAAGGCCGCGAGGAGGAGGCACGUUCGACAAUUGCCAGACUGCAUGGCCUGCCUAUCGAUGACCCAAUCGUGGAGACUGAAUUCCUGGAGAUUAAGGCUGCUGUCAUCUUCGAUGAUAGAACCGCUCGGACACUACAUCCCAACAAGAGCGGGGCGGCCCUUGCGUUCGCCAAGUUCAGCAUGCUGUUGACCAACAAGGGACUGUUCCGCCGGCUUGCGAUGGGCUGCAUUAUCAUGUUCUUCCAGCAAUUCACAGCAUUUCUCGACCUCCUGAACAAGCUCGAUCUCUCGUCACGUUACUCUCCGAAGAAGCUCGAUGCAUCGUCUUCGGACUCUCUGAAGAACCUCGAUCUCUUGUCACAGACGUCUCUGAAGAAGCUCGAUGCAUCGUCAUCAGACUCUCUGAAGAACUUCGAUCUCUUGUCACAGACCUCUUCGAAGAAGCUCUAUGCCUCGUCACAGGAUACUCUGAAGAAGCUUGACCCCCUGCUCGCUCUGCUCACCAAUCCCACAAACGCCCUAGGCUUGAACGCCUCAACCACAUCAUUGCUGGCUACUGGUGUCUUGGGAGUCGUUGACUUCGUCUUCACAUUCCCGGCCAUUUUCCUUGUCGACCGCUGGGGUCGCCGUGUCUUCCUCAUGGCGGGUGCUCUGGGUAUGCUGAUCAGUCAUGUCGUCGUCGCCGGUAUCGUCGGACACUAUGCCGGCAACUUCACUGGUGCUGGUGGUGCAGCUGCCGGCUGGGUCGGAAUCGUAUUCAUCUGGUUCUUCGGCGCCAACUUCUCAUACUCCUGGGGCCCUGUUGCAUGGCUCCUGUGCAGUGAGAUCUUCUCUCCGGGCCACCGAAGUCAGGCAGUCAGCAUCAUUAUCAGCUGCAACUACAUGAUGAACUUCGUGGUUGGACAAGUCACCCCGAACAUGCUCGACAAGCUCAAGUUCGGCACCUACAUCUUCUUCGCAGCUUUCUGUUUGAUCAUGUUCCUGUGGGUCAUGUUCUUUGUCCCAGAGACCCGAUACAAGACCUUGGAAGAGAUGGACCUGGUCUUCGGCGACAACCUUGGCACAAACGAUCUGGAACGUAUGCGCGAGGUGAUGGCAGAAGUUGGACUCAACCCUGCUCAUGGUCAUCCAGGCGUUGUGCCGGAGCAUGACAGCGACGAGGAGAAGGCCACAACGCAGGAGAAGUUGUGA